GUUUCAGGAAUGGCAGAGUGAACUGUCUCACUCUCUCUCCCUCUCUCUCCCUCUCUCUCUCCCUCUCUCUCUCCCCCUCUCCGCCGGAUGUUUGCGGGGUUUUGCGGGUCUGCUCGCAGUGGGUUGUGCGCUGUAGUCGGGUGGAGGAUGUGGAGAUGUGGGGAUGUGGAGCUGUGUGUUUUGGGGGAAACAGAUGGCUUCUUUGCGCUGUGUUUUUCUCCUCGACUCGCGCUGAGCUGCUGACCUGCUAAAACUUGCCCCUUUUUUCUUUUUCUGGAUUUACUCUGGAUUUGUCUGGAUUUCUCCCGAAGUCGGAUAUUUUCCCCCCAGAUCCUUCCUGCGGUGUGUGCUGACAGCUGGGUCAUGCUUUUGGGUGGUGUGAGGGAUGGUGGUUGCACUGCGCUGCUUGCUGUCUGCAGUGCACACACACACACACACACACACACACUCACAUCACGCACACAUACAGGCACAUGAACACACACACACACACGCACGCACGCACACACACACGCACACACACUCUCCCUCUCCCUCCCUCUCUCUCUCUCUCUCACACACACUCACACACACACUAAUGGCGCUUGCAACAAAGUUGCGGAGCUGUAACUAAAAUCAGAGUCUAGAUGUUACACCUGUUCACGUUUGCGCGGCCAUUUUGGAUCUGGACAACACACAUGGAUCAGCUGAGCGGGGGCGUGUUCGCGGUGGCAUUACGGCUCUUUGCGUCCAAGGUCACACUGUAGCUGAUUCACGGAUCAUCCACGCACACGCGCUCACGCACAAACACGCACGGGGUCGCGCAUGGCCGCGUGUGCGUUACUGUGAUCGCGCCGCGGGGUUUGUUGUGUCUUCUUCUUCUUCUUCUUCUUCUUCUUCUUCUUUCUUCUUCUUCUUCUUCUUCUUUCUUCUUCUUCUUCUUCUUCUUCUUCUUGUUUGUUGUCACUCUCUCUCUCUCUCUCUCUCUCUCUCUCUCUCUCUCUCUCUCUCUCUCUCUCUUUGUGGAUGGGAAAAAGGAUCCAAAAUGGAAGGGAAGAAAGUGAAGCAGACCCGGAGGUCCCGUACGCACCGGGAGCGCGUGCGGCGGCGGGAGACGCGCACAGAACCGAGUCCGGCUUCCUCCGGAUCCGAGCGCGAGCGCAGGGCCGCUGCUUCUGCCGCUUCUGCUGCCGCUUCCGCCGCUGCUCCUGUGAGCCAUAAGGGCAGGAAAUCCGCGUCCUCCUCCUCAACAACAUCAUCAACGUCAUCAUCAGCGUUUACAUCUUCAUCUCCCAUCAUCUCCUCCUCAGUGUUCCCCUCCAGAGGCUCGCGAGGAGCUCCACGCCGGAAGCGCCGCGUCUCGAGCUCUCAGGAUGAAGAUGAAGAAGAGGAGGACAUCAUUGACGGCUUCGCCAUCGCCAGCUUCUCCAGCCUGGAGGGUCUGCAGCAGAAGAACGGCUCUUUGAAGCUGAACGGCAGCAGGAAGGAGAGGAGGUGGGACACGGCGAGCGCUGUUAAACGACAGAAGCCAGCAGAGGAGGAAAAGGAGGAGGAAGUGAAGGAUGAGGUGGAGGAGAACGGCUUCGACCUGCCCAACAACACGGAGCACACGCAGGAGAGACUGCUGCAGAGAACCUACUCCAACAAGAACAAACGGUUUAAAAGUGCCCUCAAUCAGACGGUGAGGUCUUUGACAGAGCCCAAAGUUCCUGCAGUGGACUCCACAGCCAACCGGAGCAGCUCCAAGGACCGCCUCAGUGAGAGCUCCACACACUCUCUGUCAGGACGUGGUUAUUCGUGUGACAGCGAGAGUGACAUCGACGACAAGGUAGGACUCGCUGUUUCUUAUUCUCCUGUGUGUGUAUAUAUCUGUGUGUGUGUGUGUGUGUGUGUGUGUGAGAGAGAGAGAGAGAGAGAGAGAGAGAGACCUUGUUCAUCUUGCUGCUGUUUCUCAUUUGCAUCUUAUAGAGCGAGUGUUACAGAGAGGGGGGGGGGGAUAAAGAUAAAAAGAGAGACAAAAAAGAAGGAAAGAGAAAUAGAGAGAAACAGGGGAUAGAAUAGAGAGAAAAAGAGAAUGAUAGGAAUAUGUAGAGACAUACAGAGUGGUAGACACACAGACCAGAAAAAGGGAGAAAGAGACAGGAAAGAAAGAGAGAAAGUGGGGAGAAAAAGGGAGAGAAAAAGAUGGACAGUUAGAGAUAGAAAAAAUAGAGAGAGACUGACAAACACAGUGAGAGACAGAAAAUGGGAGACAGAGUGAGACAGAGAUAGAGGGGAGAAGAAAAACAGCACAGAAAGUGAAAAAGAAAGAGAUACAAUGAGGGAGCCAAAAUGAGGGAAAAGAGAAAGGUAGAGUGAUAGAAGAGAGAGACAGGUAUAGAAAGGAGAGACAGACAGAGAUAGUGAGAGAGAGAGGUAGAGAAAGAGAGAGACAGAUAGAGACACUUAGAGAGAGACAGGUAGAGAAAGAGAGACACAGAUAGAGAAACAGUGAGACAGAGAUGAGUAAAGACAGAGAGAGACGGGUAGAGAGAGUGAGGCAGGUAGAGACACAGAGACGGAGAUAAGUAGAGAAAGACAUCAUUACUGUUACGUCAUCACUAUUACAUCAUCACUAUUGCAUCUUCAUCAUGACUAUUACAUCAUCACUGUUACAUCAUCACUGUUACAUCAUCACUAUCAUCACUAUUACAUCAUCACUGUUAAAUCAUAAUCACUGUUACAUCAUCACUGUUACAUCAUCACUAUUACAUCAUCAUCACCACUGUUACAUCAUCACUGUUACAUCAUCACUGUUACAUCAUCAUCAUCAUCACUAUUACAUCAUCACUGUUACAUCAUCACUGUUACAUCAUCACUGUUACAUCAUCACUGUUACAUCAUCACUGUUACAUCAUAAUCACUGUUACAUCAUCAUCAUCAUCAUCACUAUUACAUGUUCCUUCACCUCCUCUAAUUGUUUUUAUUCAGGAUCUGAUUGUUCCAUUUAAAUAAGAGACUUUCUCAGUACCUCUUUAUAAAACUGAUUUGGGGCGAGGCUAUGCAUGAGCUUAGACUGUGAUGUCACAAGACAAACUCCACUGCUUCAAACCAAUCAUGUCUGAUAUGCAAAUAUUAAAGCGUGAUGAAGUGGUUCUCUGGAACUUUACGGAUGUCCGAGAUGGCAGGAGGACAUGGGGGCGUGCCAUAACUUGCUGCAGUAUUAGGGCUCUGACUUUGUCACUAGUUAGAAGAUGGUCUUGGUUUAGGGAUGUUGUGUGAUCUUUGUAGCAUUAAUCAAGUGUGUGUGUGUGUGUGUGUGUGUGUGUGUGUGUCUUUGAUUAUCAUUAUAAAUGUAAACUAGCCAUUAUUGUCAUGUUUUCCAGCUGAACUGCGCCCCUGUCACGUAUGUCUCGCGAGCCUUAAUUCCCCUUCGUUAAGCAAUUACUCACCGCUAAACGAAGCCGAUAGCUCCGCUAAUCUCCUGUAAGCUUAGCUCCCAGUUUGCUCAUCAAUAACAUGUCGAUAGCAGGGGGCAAUUUGCAUUAGCACUAGCUUGCCCGCUAGCCAAUAGAGUUUUAUCUCUCUCCUCACUAAAGCUAAAAGCUUUUCAGUUUGGCUGAGAAUGACACGAGGGAAUUUCCGAGAAGGAGUUGCUUUAUUUCCUGUUUCUAAACUAUCUCAUCAUUAGUUCUUCUUUAAGAUGUGUCACAAACAAAGUGCUACAAGUUAGCACUAAUUAGGGCUCUUACUCAAACAGUGUUUUUUUUAAGGUUCCAUCCCAAGCACUAGGUCUGGGGACUACUUGGUGUUGUUACUGGAAUGGCGGCCAUUUUAAGGCUUUGUCAUGAAUGCUAGAACAUUCUCCUUAGUGUUUAGCAUUUCUCCGUGUCCUGUGUCAGCAGCACUACGCUCAUACGCUAAUUAGACUAAUGAGCCGAUCAGCCAAAUUUGAGCUGUCAUUUUAGCGAGGUUUUCAGCAUCAUUAUCCACUAGUAGUGCAUCAUAACGCUAACACUUCCACCAUUUCUGAUUUUAUAACACGGUACACUGCAAAAACAAACUUUUCCUCACAGUUCUAAAUGUUUGAGCUGAGAAAGCAGAUUAGCUUUUAGCUGUUAGCAUCUAAGCCUCCACAAAUGUCCACAUCAAGUUCCUGUGAAUGAGUUGUUACUAUAGAAACAAUAAAGCACGAGAACGAUCGCAUUAAUAUAAAUCUGCGCUACUGUCAGAGCUGCUGUUAUAAAGAAUUAACCACCACCUGAUGACCAAUCAGAAUCCGGGAUUCUUGUAUGAUGUCUCCUCGUGUUCAAGAACGAACAGGUGUUUCCUGACAGAACGAUACCCACUUAUACAUCAGCUCUAAACACACCUGAACACCUGCACACACGCUACACUCGGCAUCGCAGCACCUGCACACAUUCAGCUCAUUUACAUAAAAUUGCUUCACAACAACGCGUGAAAAAACAGCAGCGUGAAAAAAAUACAUUAAAACAAACUGCGUAGCACCAUGAUUACUAUACAGUACAGCCUAAGGGGCGUGUCCCAAAUAACUAUACAGCCUUCACUGAGGUGCAUGUCUUAAAUCACUAUACAACCAGUACUACACAGCCUUCACUGAGGGGCAUGUCCCAAAUAACUAUACAGGUUUUACUACACAGCCUGCACUGAGGGGUGUGUCCCAAAUAACUAUACAGCCUGCACUAUACAGCCUGCACUGAGGGACGUGUUCCAAACCACUAUACAGCCUGCACUGAGGGGCGUGUCCCAAAUCACUAUACAGCCAGCGCUACACAGCCUUCUUUGAAGGGCGUGUCCCAAAUCAUUAUACAGCCAAUACUGCAGCCUUCAAUGAGGGGCGUGUCUUAAAUCACUAUACAGCCAUCACUACACAGCCUGCACUGAGGGGCGUGACUUAAAUCACUAUACAGCCAUUACUACUGCCUUCACUGAGGUGCGUGUCUUAAAUCACUAUACAGCCAUCACUACACAGCCUGCAGUGAGGGGCAUGUUCCAAAUCACCUCUCUGACUUCUUUUUAAAUGCUACUUCAUUAUUAGUUUGUUUAUUAUAAUGUUAAGUUAUAUAGAGUGUUUAGUUGUGUCCCAAAUGACAUACUAUACACUAUACACUUACACUAUACACUUAUACUAUACACUAUAUACUGUACACUUAUAGUAUACACUUACACUAUACACUUAUACUAUACACUAUACACUUACACUAUAGACUACACACUUACACUAUACACCUAUACUAUAUACUUAUACUAUACACUUACACUAUACACUUAUACUAUACACUAUACAUGUGUACUAUACACUAUACACUAUGCACUUACACUAUACACCUAUAAUAUACACUUAUACUAUACACUUACACUAUACACUUAUACUAUACACUAUACAUGUGUACUAUACACUAUACACUAUGCACUUACACUAUACACCUAUAAUAUACACUUAUACUAUACACUUACACUAUACACUUAUACUAUACACUAUACAUGUGUACUAUACACUAUGCACUUACACUAUACACCUAUACUAUAUACUAUACACUUACACUAUACACUUACACUAUACACUUACACUACACAUCAUACACCUAUACUAUAGAUUAUAAACUUACACUAUAUACACUUACAUUAUACACCUAUACUAUACACUAUACACUUACACUAUACACUGUACACCUAUACGAUACACUAUACACUUAUACCAUACACUUACACUAUACACUUACACUAUACACUUACACUAUCCACUGUACACCUAUACUGUACACUAUACACUUAUACUAUACACUUAUACUAUACACUUACACUAUACACUUACACUAUGCACUUACACUAUACACCAUACACUCUGCCGUCUAGUGUAUGAAGUUCAGAAGGGUAGUAUCUUCUUAGAUGGCACACUUUCGGUAUUGUACUAACAGAAAGUAUAUGCUGUUUCCCGGUCAAGCGUAAAUGACGUCAAGCACACGUAAUGUGAUGGCGCUAACUUUAGUGAAAUAGCCAGACAGAUAACACAGAUGAUUCGCUACAUUUUCCGGUUUAUGUUAACGUUUCCUUUUGUGUACAACAAGACCUCAGUCACGGUCAGACGCAGGCGUAAUCAUCUCCGCAGGCGAAUUUUGCUCGCACAGUUUAAAAUCAACUUAGUAAGUUGUGGUUGUGGUUACUGGCAAUAUAAACAUCUUAUUUCUUAUUUCGUUCAGCAUCUGAGCCUGGUAUAGCCCCGCCCAUCAACUACGUGAGGAAAGCUGCAACUGUUGAGUGUAUGAAGGGUUUUUCAGUAACACUAAUCACACGUAAAGUAGUACACAAGUGUGCGAUUUGGUAUGCACUGUUUAUUAUAAUGCUAUUUUAUCAUUAGCAUGUUUACUGUAAAGCUACGUUGUGGUUUGUCUGUUUACAAUAAUUCUAGUUCAUGAGUAGCCUGUUUACUAUAAUGCUUGCUCAUGAUUAGCCUGCUUACUGUAAUGCUAGUUCAUAGCCUGUUUACUAUAAUGCUAGUUUACGAUUAGCUUGUUUACUAUAAUGCUAGCUCAUGACUAGACUGUUUACUAUACACUAGAUUAUGAUUAGCCUGUUUACUAUAAUGCUAGUUUAUGAUUAGCUUGUUUACUAUAAUGCUAGCUCAUGACUAGACUGUUUACUAUACACUAGAUUAUGAUUAGCCUGUUUACUAUAAUGCUAGUUUACGAUUAGCUUGUUUACUAUAAUGCUAGCUCAUGACUAGACUGUUUACUAUACACUAGAUUAUGAUUAGCCUGUUUACUAUAAUGCUAGUUUAUGAUUAGCUUGUUUACUAUAAUGCUAGCUCAUGACUAGACUGUUUACUAUACACUAGAUUAUGAUUAGCCUGUUUACUAUAAUGCUAGUUUAUGAUUAGCUUGUUUACUAUUAUGCUAGCUCAUGAUUAGCCCAUUAGUAUUUUUUUUCUUUCUACCCAUCUCUCUCUUUCUCUCUCUCUCUCUCUGUGGGAGUUAAUGAUGUGUAAUUCAACCCCCCCACACCCCCACAGUGUGAGUACUAAACAGUCCCCCCCCUCCCCUGCCCUCCCACAGGAUGUGGGCGGAGCUGACAGGGCUGUAAUAGUUUCUUUAUGGAGGUGAAGAUGAAGCGGCGUGAUGUUUCCACACGGCUAUCAUCCGUCCUCAUCUCUUUAAUCAAAUUAGAUUAAGCGCACCUGGGGAAGAGCGCUCCGCCGUGCCGCCUUUCAUUCCCAACCAAUUUAUCCGCAAUAUCCCGCCGUCGGCCCGGGAUUCGGCUCGGGGAAUGCCCUGAAAUUAGAAGUGACACACGCGACGUGAGGUUUAACACGGACACGCCGCUCGCACCUUCAUGCCCACACGCUCCUCCCACACGGCUGUGUUCCAAAUCACACCGCAACCGAGCACUUCCCCCUCCAUUAUCCCUCUAGUCAUCUCUCCCUCCAUCUCUCCAUCACUGCUUCUACCCCUCCAGCUAUCCCUUCAUCCCUGACUCAUCCCAUCCAUUCCUCCAUUCUUCCCUCAUCUCUCUAUCCAUCACUCACUUCCUCUCUCUAUCCAUCUCUUUAUCCGUACCUCUUCCCCUUCUUUUCUCUAAGAUCCAUCUUCCCUCCCUUAUACUGUCCUGCUAUCGAUCUCUCUUCCCUUCAUCUCUCCAUCCAUCCCUGUAUUUUUAGCCUGUUUAUUAUAAUGCUAUAUAUAAUGCUGUAAUGCUGUGACGCUAGUUCGCGUUUUGAACAUUUACUGUGACGCUAGUUCGCGUUUUGAACGUUUACUGUGACUCUAGUUCGCAUUUUGAGCGUUUACUGUGACUCUAGUUCGCGUUUUGAACGUUUACUGUGACUCUAGUUCGCGGUUAGAGUGUUUACUGUGACGCUAGUUCAUGUUUUGAGCGUUUACUGUGACUCUAGUUCGCAUUUUGAGCGUUUACUGUGACUCUAGUUCAUGUUUUGAGCGUUUACUGUGACUCUAGUUCAUGUUUUGAGCGUUUACUGUGACUCUAGUUCAUGUUUUGAGCGUUUACUGUGACUCUAGUUCAUGUUUUGAGCGUUUACUGUGACUCUAGUUCAUGUUUUGAGCGUUUACUGUGACUCUAGUUGGCGUUUUGAGCGUUUACUGUCACGCUAGUUCGCGGUUAGAGAGUUUACUGUUACGCUAGUUCGCGGUUAGAUUGUUUACUGUGAAGCUAGUUUGUGUUUUGAGCGUUUAAUGUGACGCUAGUUUGUGUUUUAGUUUGUUUAAUUAAGUGCUAAUUUCUUUUUUCAUGUCCUUUCAUGUCAUUUUGUUGUGUUCGUGGACCGUUUCUAGUUUUUGAUUGUGUUUUAAUAACAUUCUGUCUCCUCCACUUUGUCCUGAGGGAAACUAAUGCACUUUUCUGAUCUUAAUAAAGAGUACAUCUGCUACACAUUUGCUGUUUUUUUCCCUCUUUUUGUUUACAGAAGUCGCGUUUUCUCAGUUUCAGCAGCAGAGACGAAGUCCAGAUCAUGACUUUAACGUGUCUCUCGUUGACAUUUUGUCGUGUUUGUGAUUUGAAACGUCUCCGUCACCACAGCGGCUAAAGCGACACAUGUUGUCAGUUGUGUAGUUUUUAAGCAUUUCUGCAUGAAAUGUGAUUUUUUUUUUUUUUUGCUUUUAUCCAUAAUUUAUUAGCGUUAGUUCCUGAAAGCGGCCUUUUUCCCCUACAGAGUGUAAAUCAGUUGGCGUCUCUUUAGGGAAACUCGUUUUGAAGUGCUCGGUUUAACUGUGACACAAUGCAAUAUUAGUUUUUAGUAGAGUUGGCUCGCUAACGUUUUGUCUGAAUAACGUCCAUAAAUCUUGUAGGUUCCAUUUGUUUUAGUUUCAGAAUAAACGAGGGUGAAACAUUCAGUUUGUGUUCACUUCCUUGUAGUGCACUAGAACUCAAACGAUGUAGUGCACUUCAGUGAGACUCCCUCAGAUGACGUGCACUAUUAACACCCAGAUAAAAAUAAAGUGUGGGACCUUGGCCCUAACAGUGGGUGGAGCGAUUGAGAGGGCAGCAUAAAGAGAGGGUGGGGCCAUACAAGGGGCGUGGUCAUCCGAUAGACAGGUGGGACCAGGACAUCAGUGGGGACAUGAGAUGGGAUUAGAGCCAACAGAGGGUCUGUGCUUCAGAGUGUGGGGAUAUCAGAAGGGUGGGGCUAUCAUAAAUGGUGGGAGCAUUAGAGGGUGGAGCCAUUAGAGGAUGGAUACAAUUGGUGGUGGAGCCAUCAGAAGAUGCCGCAGUUUAAAUUUCUUAA